UUCUAGUGUAAUGCGCUAAUAUAUGACAUGCACUUGAGCGUAUUGCGCACUGCUGUAUUCACACUGUGAGGCUGUAGCGUUGGAUGCUACACAUCGGCUUGGGGAGCUCAGAAAAAUGUGGAGAAAUAUUUUCCGUCUUGCACUUCUUCUGUGUAGUGCGGUCGUGUUCCUGCGACUUGUUGAGGGGGCUAAUGAACAUUCACAAUGCCAAUCAGGGACGCUCCAGAUUUGUCGAUGUGCGGACCCAACUAAAGGCUUCGGGGUUUGUUGGAAGAAGAAGUGUACUACCUGUGAUGAAGUUCGAAAGAAGAGAACUGCUUACCUUACUGAAGAAGAAAUUUGGGAAAUAAUAAGGCAGCGAAGACAACCGUCAAGACGAACACGACCGACAAGACGACCACCACCGACACGACCGACACGACGACCACGACCGACACGACGACCACAACCAGGGUUGACAACUACAUCAUUUCCAUGUGAAUUACCAUGUUUUCGUGGCUUAACUAACGUUACCGGAAGCUGGUUGCCCGACUGUUGCUGCUCGUGGAUUAAUCAGAUUUGUGUCGAACCCGAAAAUGUACCGUCGUACUUGCAUCCAUGAAAAGACCAAAACAGCCUACAGUAUAUUCCUUAAAUAUCAAACUGACGGUGUGAUUCAUUAAUGGAAUAUCAUAUAUAGCAAAAUAAUAAAGCAUUUGGACUGGAAUCGUAAUUUGCAUUGAUGAUGCUUUUGAAAAUGAUGAUAAGAAGAGACAACAGAGAAUAGUGAAAUUAAUCAGAAAGAAAAAGCAUUACUUAAAAGAAGAAGAAGAAAAAAAGAACACCCCCCCCCCCCCCCCCCCCCCCUCCCAAAAAAAAGAAGAAAAAAACAAAAACAAAAACAAAAACCCUGCGCCAUCGCCUCUAAAAUAUAUGAUACUACAACUUGUGAAUUCAGGUUGAAACACACAUAGAAAGUCCCAUCAAUACCACUUCGAGUAUAACAAAGAUUUUGAACAGAUUCAAGGAAGAAUGAGUGGCACUAUCGACAUAUUCUACGUACAUAAUUGCCAUUGCAGUAUCAAAUCUCAAUAUUUGACCUUUUGAUACAGUGAUGUAUCUCAUAACGCCGAAUGGAAUUUUUAUCAGUAAAAAUGAAUAAAACAAACUCUUCCUUCAA